UGCUACUACAGGUGUAGCAUGUAGCAUGUGGCAGUCAUUAUGACGCCCACGCGUCGCCUGACUGGCUACUGAUAGCAGAAGUGAUGAUGGUGACGAAUAUGAUGAUGGUGAUCACUGCAGUUGUUGCUACGGAGAGCUACGGAAAUAGAAACGAAGAAGGAGGUGGAAUGGAAGCUUCUUGUCUUCCCAAGCUUCCGAUCGUACGCAGCCAGCCAGGAAGCAUGUUAAGGGUAGUAAUCGUCUCAUUCAGCGAGCAAAAGAAUUCUCGGAGAGCUUUCGCGUGCAUGUAUUCCUUUUGUACGGGAUGACCUUCUGAUGGCUAUAUAUUAACGUCAGGUUUUCCGCCUUACGCGUCACUUCUAGUCGGAUUUUCUUGUACUCGGGCGGAUCGGUUUCGGUGAUCGGUGGGUUCUUCCGCGGGAAGCGUUCAAUUGAUAGAUCCUUUUUUUUUUUGAGAAGUCGGUUUUCAAUAUGCGUUUUCCGGGAAGCAGUGCAAUGUGGUUCGUCGCUACAUUCGUGUUUGUUCAUAAACCAACGGAAAGCCAAAUCAACUUUUCGUCGCUUCCCUGUGCUGGUUCCAGCCGUCAGCAACGAAUAGUUGGUGGUCAUGAUUCCGUGCGUGGCCAAACCACCUAUAUCGCUAGUCUCAUGAGACGUGGUGGUCAUUAUUGUGGUGCAUCUAUUCUCAAUGAGAGAUGGUUUCUUACGGCUGGCCACUGCGCAUGCAACGGUCUAAAGAAACCAAUUCGCCCCAGCCAGAUAAAAGCAAUAGUCGGUUUGUACAAAAUCUCCGAAUUCAACAGAAACCAAAUAGAUAACGAUGUAGGCAAUUCGUACGAGAUGACUAUCCAAGCCAUAAUUUUCCACCCGGAGUAUGCUUGCAGUCAGCCCUACAACGAUAUAGCUCUAAUGGAGGCGUCCAAGUUGAUCUACUUCGAUCAGCACGUUCGUCCGAUUUGCAUAGCCAGCAAACAUGAUUCUUCGGCUUUAGUAGAAGGAACGACUGCUAUUGUUUCUGGCUGGGGCUGGAACCAGGAGAGUCAAAAGGACGGCGACAAACCCGAUACGCUUCAACGUGCCAUAGUGGAUGUGUUCCGAAACGAAGAUUGUGAGGGUUUUUAUCGAGAUGGAAAUCGACCACGUGCCAUUGCCAGAACGCAAUUAUGUGCAGGAAAACGAACCGGUGGGGUCGAUUCCUGCUGGGCAGACUCCGGAGGCCCACUGGUUACUGGUGACGACGUGCUGAUUGGAAUUGUUUCCACUGGAAUAGGUUGUGCGAGACCAGGGUUUCCGGGAAUCUACACGAGAGUCAGUGAAUAUUCCAGCUGGAUCAGCGAAGUAGUGCAUAAGUGAUCGCUAUGUGUCUUGUCAGUGGUUGUCUAGU